AUGGACACUAUUUCCUCACUGUUCCUCUUCUCCUUCUUCCUCUUUGUCACCACCAUCAUCUUCGAUAAGAUCAAAGGUCUUAGACCAUCCUCAGCUUCAAAGAAGAAAUUUACUGAUCAUCAUGUUAUUACUGAUCACAGUCACAGACCAAAAUUUCCACAAGGAAGCUUGGGAUGGCCUGUCCUCGGAGAAACCAUCGAGUUCGUCUCUUCUGCUUACUCAGACCAUCCCGAGAGUUUCAUGGACAAGCGUCGACUCAUGUACGGAAGAGUGUUUAAGUCGCAUAUAUUUGGAACGGCGACGAUUGUGUCAACGGACGCUGAAGUGAACAAAGCCGUUUUACAGAGCGACUCGACGACGUUCGUGCCGUUUUACCCUAAAACGGUUAGGGAGCUUAUGGGAAAAUCGUCGAUACUUCUGAUAAACGGGAGUUUACACAGAAGGUUCCAUGGAUUAGUCGGUUCGUUCUUAAAGUCACCACUUCUCAAAGCUCAAAUCGUUAGAGACAUGCACAAAUAUUUGUCGGAAUCCAUGGAUCUAUGGUCCGAGGACCAACCUGUUUUCCUCCAAGAUGUAUCCAAAACUGUUGCAUUCAAAGUGCUUGCAAAGGCAUUGAUAAGUGUAGAGAAAGGGGAAGAGUUAGAAGAGUUAAAGGAAGAAUUUGAAAAAUUCAUCUCAGGACUCAUGUCAUUACCAAUUAACUUCCCUGGAACCCAACUCCAUAGAUCUCUCCAAGCUAAAAAGAAGAUGGUGAAGCAAGUUGAAAAGAUAAUAGAAGGCAAAAUUAAGGGAGCAGAGGACAAAGAGAAAGAUGGAGUUAUAGCAAAAGAUGUUGUGGAUGUGUUGCUUAAGGACUCAAGUGAAAAUUUAACUCACAAUUUGAUUGCUAGCAAUAUGAUUGACAUGAUGAUUCCUGGCCAUGAUUCAGUCCCUGUCCUCAUCACCCUCGCCGUCAAAUUUCUCUCCGAUUCUCCAAGUGCUCUUCAUUUUUUAACGGUCAUAACAGAGACACUGAGAAUGGGAAAUGUUAUAACUGGAGUGAUGCGAAAAGCAUUGAAAGAUGUUGAAAUAAAAGGAUACGUGAUACCAAAAGGAUGGUGCUUCUUCGCUUAUCUCAGAUCAGUCCAUCUUGAUAAACUUUAUUAUGACUCUCCCUACAAAUUCAAUCCCUGGAGAUGGCAAGAAAAGGACAUGAACACGAGUAGUUUCAGUCCUUUUGGAGGUGGUCAGAGACUGUGCCCUGGUCUCGAUUUGGCCCGUCUUGAAGCUUCAAUUUUCCUUCACCAUCUUGUCACUCGUUUCAGGUAA